CGGCGCGCCCGACGUCAGUCCGAGCCCGUUCGACCCGCAAACAACUCGUACACGAAAUCUCCGAAGCGUACCUUCGGAACACUUCGCACACGUCCGAAGCGCAACUUCCCAAGUGACAACUUCUGUAACUCGAUCGACAGUGAUCAUGCAAGUGCUUACAACGCUUCUGUUUGCGUGCGUGCUGGCCGCCGUCCGCGCCGUGAUCCGGACGCCGCUCGAAGCGUUCCGGCCUUCCGGAGAGAUCCACAUCCGAAGGCCGGACAAGUUGCCACUCCUCCCGCACAGGAGGUCAAACUCAGCCAAGAGCGGCCUAAAAGUCCUCUAUCAAACUGGAGUAUCCGAGGAAGACUUGCCGGACUGCAGGCCGCGGCAGGUGUGUAAUAAAGUGGACUUAUACGAGUCUACACAACCCUGGAUCGAGAGGAAGUGCCGAUGUUUGGGUCACAGGCCUUGUUCUAGUGACCUAUCAGACGACGACAACCACACGCUAGCAGACAAGACGACGCUAUACAAAACCUGCGAACCAGUGAAACGGUUACCAAAGUGCCGGUACUUCAAAGACGCCGCCUGGGUCAUCUACUCGUUCCCUGACAGCAAUGCGACCCAGCAGAUCGUCAACUGCCACUGUCCAAAGUUAUCUGUCACUUAUCUACUGAGGAAGUUGCCGUAUACGACACCUAGCGGCAUAGAGGGGAACCAGUACCAGUUUGCGUGCUCGCCUCAAAGCAGAUUACGCUGUUCCCGCAAAGAGCCCUGCAAGUUGUUCAGUGCGAGGCGCCGUCACGAACAAAUCGACGAAGUGAACGCGAGCACCAUCUGCCAGUGCCCAAGGGAUCACACAUGUCCCAAACACCAUACGGAACCAGGAGUGCUACCCGGAGUGACCUACGUAGCUGAGGACAUCCGCACAUAUCAUGGUUACUGCUUACCAGGCCCACCGCCCGAGACUUACAGAUUCGUAGGCGACAAAGACUGAAAAAACAUCCCACAACCCCAUACUGUGAUCGCUUCAAUUGUACCGAGUGGUGCGUGCGUUUCGAUUAGGCAGCUUCUAUGAUUUGCUCAUUACCUGUUUAGUACAAAAUUUUAAAUAUAUUAGGACACCGAAAUGAAUUCAUCCCUUUGAUAGUGCUACAGAGUUGCGAGCUAGAUUGUGGAUAGUAUUUUUUAAGUAGGAUUUCGAUGUACUGAGUGAUAGUGUUUUUGUAUGGUAUUGUAAUAAUCAACGCUUUUAGGGUGCAUUCAAAUAAGGUGCGUUAUAACGCGUUAUACCUCUCUUUAAAAAUUGGAAUAUUCGGGAACACACAGAGACGCGAUUAUAUAGAAGUAAACUAGGGCGGUAUAUUAAAUAAAUUAAAAAAAAUAAUAAUACUAAAUUUAAAAUCCCGAUUACCGUAGUAAAACGACUAGUAGGUAUAAUUUAAAAAUCUUUCAUCCUACAAAUAAAAUAGGUUUUAAACUUCAUGUACCUACAUGUAAUUUUUGAUAUUCAAUUAAGACUUCAGACCGGAACACAGCAAUGCUGUUUCAAUGAAUCAGUACAAUCACUGUUACGCCGGUUACAGACGGUCAAGUAUACAAAAAUAUCGAAAUAUGGUUAUUGGUGUAGCGCUGUAUACUUGACCAUCUGUGGUCGAUGUUAAGUAGAUUAACUUGAUGAUGAAAAUGAUAUUAAACAAAUUAAAUAAAAACGUUUUAUUUGUAUAAAAUACAUUCGAGUGUGAAGCUUAAAGAAAACAAUAUUCACACAACAAAUAACAUGAUGGAUAGUUUGAAUGCACUCUAAAUGUGUGCAUAAUUUUAAUUUGUUUUAGCCUGUAUUAAAGACUUUUUUACUUUUAUAUCCUAGCUGCAUUUGAUAAAGUUGAUAUACCUACGAAUGAAAAGCGUUGAAAUAACUUGUACAUAAUUUGCAACAAAGCGCUUCCUAUCGUAUUGUAUCGUAUCUGUUAUAUUUUGUAAAUAUAAAUAUUAGUUUAAGUAUCAUUCCAAACGAUAGUUUAAAUUAUUUUAUAUUUUUUUUCAUAUUUUAAAUAUUUACUUGCCAUACUUGCGUAGUUGUUGCGUUUUUUAAUUAUGUAAAAGUUUUUUUUUUAUCAUAAAACCUUUGUUCAUUUAUGUCUUCCAUUCUAGAGGGCAGUUUAAUAUAAAACACAAAGAAAUUGAGGUAUAAAGAGCCAACGUCGGGAGUAAAACAUGACAGGCUAAUUCACAAGUGCUCUUAUAGUCAACUUUUUAUAUCAGUCACUUGUCAAAAAGUUGGCAUAAAAGCACAUGUUUGAGACCAUGUCAUAAGAUAUCGGUUCUUAUGCCAGACAUUUACGAUAAAUUAACGAGUGCCGUCCAGUUUGUGUCGCGCUAAGGGAUGCGACAGUAAAUAAAAAACAACGAAACCGUAACGAUUUCGAUUUUUUUACCCUUAUUCGCGCUGCAGCAUGGACGGUGAACUUGAUCGUGUGUGACUGGCAUUAAACCCGCCAAAUCCUCAAAUUUUGUGUACGUAAUAGUUUAAUAUGAUUGUUUUGUUUUUAUUUAAGAUUUAAUUAAAAAUGUUAGAUUGAGCCUGUCAGUCUAUCUGUUGGAGAUAUUUGUUACAGAAUAGAAUCUAUGGAUCGAGAGCCGCAUUACAUUAACCUUGUGUAAUGUUUUACAUAUCUAUGCCUAUUCUUUGAUAACAGUUUUAAGUACAUACGUGCGGAAUAACUUGACACUUGGCUCUAACAAUGUUUGUAUGGAUAUGUUUAUUAGCCAGGUGUCAAGUUAAUGCGCACAUGUUAUAAAGACACCGGCAAUCUUCCAUCUUCAUAUAAAAUUUGUAUGAAUAUUACCACUACAUCCCAAGUCAAUGCUCCUAGCAUGCAGUGUAACAUUUGGAUAAUCAUUUGGCAAGAUGUAGUAAUUUUUAAAGCUCUCAACAAAGUAUUUGGAAUGCUUGCGGAGUUAAAAUAAUAUCAAGUCAACCAUUGGCAAUUAUUCUCACGUUUCUGCAGCGCAAACGGCAGCCAAGACGUUUCACAAGUCAGCCGUCAUGCACGCAGCGGCCAAUACACGAUCGGUUAUAGCCGUGGGUGCUGCAGAAAUGUGAGAAUAAUUGAUCGUCAAUGGCUAGCGUUAUGGCCCCGCGUGCCAAGAGCGUUGACCUGUGGUAUAAUUAGCAACUGUCAAAAAACUACGGCGUCUAAUGUAAUCAUCAUUAACGGCUUACAACAGGGCCAAGCAUCCUUAUAGUAAAAGUCAUAUGGAGCAUAGACCCACAACGCUACUCCAUUGCGGGUUGGCGGGCUACCUCAUCUAAUAAUGAUGUUUAUUUAAUGACAAGAGUCAUAUUAUUCUGUAUAUGUAUGUAAAUAUGAAAAAUGUUGAUGUUUGUAAAACCAUUGCGAUGUAUCGGUACGUCUUCCUUAUUUGUUUCAUGUAUAGCUAUUAUAUAAGUUAAAUUAUUAUUGACAGAAAAUGAAUAAAUGUUCAAAAUUG